AGAUGGCUCUCUGAAUGGUGAACUCUGUUGAGCUUGCCUUUUCUUUGACAAGGCUUCGCUGUUGGACGGUGGUCUCGUUGUAAUUUUCGUUGGAAGUGCAUUAGAUAUUCUAGAAAACUUGUGAUUCGUGUGAUCUGUUUCUUCUUUGAGAUACAUUUUGCUGAAUUUUGGAUAUACACGGUUAAGGGAUAACAUUUUUUAAAAUGAAGCUUGAGUAAGGUUCCACGAGUAAGGCACUUUCUUCAGAGUAAAACAAGAGAGAAUAUAAAAUUAAAAUACUGUUGAAGAACUCACCACAGAACAAGUACAAAUGUUGAGGAAAGCUUUCGAUAUGUUUGACCGAGACAAAAAGGGAUGCAUUCACACAAAUAUGGUUGCCACGAUCCUCCGAACACUAGGGCAGACGUUUGAAGAAAGAGAUCUAAAAGAACUCAUUGAAGAAAUCGACUCCGAUGGAAGUGGUGAAUUAGAAUUUGAUGAGUUUUUGACAUUGACUGCUCGUUAUCUGGUGGACGAGGAUUCAGAAGCUAUUCAAGAAGAACUCCGAGAGGCAUUUCGAAUGUACGACAAAGAAGGCAAUGGGUACAUCAACGUUUCAGACCUUCGGGAGAUUUUAAGGGCUCUUGAUGAUAACCUCACGGAGGAUGAAUUAGAUGAGAUGAUAGCCGAAAUUGACACCGAUGGAAGUGGAACAGUUGACUUUGAUGAGUUCAUGGAAAUGAUGACUGGAGAUUAACGUUGCCAACUACGCUGUUGCUUGCUGCAAAGAUUUUUCGACUGAAGAUGAUUGAAUGCAAUGACGCUCUACGUGAUUAAUAUUUAAGAAAAUAAAUAUUGUUCUUUUAUUCAAAUAAAUUGUGCUUUUGUAGUCA